UACCAAUGAGAAAUGAAGAUGUCAUCAAUAAGAUGAAGAGGGGAUUUCUUCCGAGGGUUGCUUGAAAAUUGAAUUAAAUGAAGAUCUGAAUUGAAUUUAUAAAUAUGAAAUAGUAAAUAUAAAUAUAAUAGAAUUUUUCAGACAUCAUUGAAUUUAUGAUAAUAUCAUCAAAAUGGAAAAGAACUCUAAAAAAUUUAUAAUAUGUGCUCUUGGAGUAUUUAUUUCCUAUUUUUUUUUUGGAAUAUUACAAGAAAAAGUAACAAGAGGAAAAUAUUCAUAUGAAAGUGUAGAUGAAAAUGGAGAGAAAAUCGUGAAGCAAGAAAUAUUUAUUUAUACUCUAUCUCUAGUUUUUAUUCAGUGCAUUAUAAAUUAUAUUGUAGCAUAUGGAAUGGUUUAUAUUGGUUCUCCAAAGGAGGACAAAACAUCAAAAAUUUAUUAUAUUAGUGUAUCUACAACAUACCUACUAGGUAUGGUAUCUUCAAAUAUGGCUUUACAGUGGAUUCCUUACCCUACACAAGUUGUGGGGAAAUCUGCAAAACCCAUUCCUGUUAUGAUAUUUGGAGUUCUUCUCGGAAGAAAAUCAUAUACUCUUAGAAAAUAUAUAUUUGUACUUAUCAUUGUGAUAGGAAUGGUGCUGUUUAUGUUGAAAGAUAAACCACCAGGCAAAGUUGAUUCAGGAGUUUCAUUUGGAAUAGGUGAAAUACUAAUUAUUCUGUCAUUGACUAUGGAUGGUUUAACAGGAGCUGUGCAGGAAAGGAUAAGGGCUGAAUCUUUUCCUACAGGUUAUCAAAUGAUGAAAGCUUCUAAUGGAUAUUCUACAGUAUUCCUUCUUGUUGCACUGAUAUUAACUGGAGAGGCAUUGAGUUUUUUCAGUUUUGCCACUCGUCAUCCAGUUAUAGUUUACAAUUUACUGACAUUAGGAUUAACACAAGCAGUUGGACAAUUAUUUUUGUUUGUUAUGGUUUCAGAGCAUGGUCCAUUGGCAGUUUCUAUAGUAACAACAACCAGAAAGUUCUUCACCGUUUUAUUUUCAGUUAUAUUUUUUGGUAACAUUUUGAAUAGCAGGCAAUGGAUUGGUGCUUUAGCAGUUUUCAUUGGUCUAUUCUUAGAUAUAUUUUUUUCUAAAGGGAAAAUGGCUCCUAAAAAAAAAGAAAAAGAGGAAGAAGUAAAAACAUUGAAUUGUAAAUAAGUACAAUAUAAAUAUUGUUUUUAUAUAAAAAUUAUAUA